AUGGACGUCACCAUCCACCACCCCUUCUUCCGCAGACGGCUCUUCCCCGGCCCCUCGCCCAGCCGCCUCUCCAGCCAACAUUUCGGGGAGCCCACCAUGGAAUCCGAACUCUUCGCGGGCAGCUGGCCCCUGGGCUCCUUCCUGGCGAGGCCCUUCGCCUUCAGAAACGCCGGGUGGAUAGACAGUGGACUCCCCGAGAUGCAUUUGGACAACGCUAAGUUUUCCGUCAACCUGGACGUGAAGCAUUUCUCACCGGAGGAGCUGAAGGUCAAGGUUUCGGGGAACGUGAUUGAGGUCCAGGGGAAGCACGAAGAACGCCAGGACGAACAUGGCUUCAUUGCCCGCGAGUUCAACAGGAAGUACAGAAUCCCAGCCGACGUGGACCCUCUCACCAUCACCUCCUCCCUCUCCUCGGAUGGCGUCCUGACAGUGAACGGACCAAGGAAACUCAAGGAAGUCCCGGAGCGCAGCAUCCCCGUCACGCGGGAAGCAACAUCGGCCCUCCUCCCAGGACCAAGGAAAUGAAGAGACCCUCGGAGACCCCAACCCCCUUUUUUUAUAUGCCAAAGAAAGCCUCUCUCUAGGACAGAAACGGCAAAGCGAAUCUUCUUCUUUAUUUCUCUGUGCAAAGAUAGGCACGCGAGCUUUUUUUAGUAACAAAUAAAACGGGGGGGGGCAGCUUCUCCCCUCAAUCUUCACGGCCAGCUGCAAUCUUAGCUAAGGCUCGGAGGUCCUGA